UGUCUUUGCCUUCGGGACCCAAAAACAAAUCCCAAAAUUCCAGUAAAAAGUCCAGCUCGUCUGCCACCGGCACCGCGUUAGCUUGCGCCGACGGUGACAUUUACCGGGCCCAUAUACAAACCCAGUAUGGGACCUGAUUUAGAGCUUAAAGGGAACUCCAAAGCUGCUAUGGGAGUUUCAGUUGGUAAGAAUAAUGCAAUUGUCCCUCAAGGCCCAGAAGAUAUGAUUCUGCAGUGUGCUAGUAAUUGUGAGGAUAACACUUUUGGCAUGGAAGUAUUAUCGGUUGAGCGAACUACUGAACAGGAUGGAAGUGAGAAUAUAGAGGUUAAUAUAACUGACUUUACAACUGCAACUGAUGCUGGACUGGUUGAAGGUGAAUGUCAGGAUGUGACUGAGCAUUCAAGUUCUUUUGGCGAUACAGAAUCUGGGACAGAGAAUGGCUUGAUGUUGGCUGAUGAUGAAGUUGAGUCACAAUUUUCUGCUAGUAAUGCAUCAGUAUUUGAUGGAUAUUUUGACACAUUUCCAAUAAGGAAGAAAAAGUUGACAGUUCAUUGGAGGAAGUUUGUACGUCCUCUUAUGUGGCGCUGUAAAUGGAUAGAGCUUCAAAUUAAGGAACUUCAGGCCCGGGCACUAAAGUAUGAUAGAGAACUUGCAGUAUAUGAAGAAAGGAAGCAGCAUGAUUUUGAAAAUGUUACAUUAGAAGAUAUUGAUGCAAAGUCUCUACCAUUUUCCGGUCAAAUUCUUAGAAAUAAAGUCAUGAAGAGGAAGAAAAGAAAGAGAGACGAAGAGACAAUUGAUAUAACACCUUAUAUGUCGCAACAUAACCUGUUCUCUUACUAUGGAAAGAAGAGGUCUGCUGCUGAUGGCGCUCCUAUGGAAGAUGAUUGUGGUAGUCUAGAUAAGAUUACUAACAGCAAUGUUGAGUUUGGAAUAAACGAUGGGUGGUCAUCUCUUGAAUUUGGAAAUGAUGAUAAUUUCUUGGAGCAGAUCCUCCGGAAGAUUGAAGUGGCACAUUCACAAGUUCAUAAGCUGAAGACCCGAAUUGACAAGGUGAUUAGUGAAAAUCCUGGAAAGUACUAUUCUGUAAAUAAGCUGACCUUGCUUGCACCAUCUGAUGCAUUGGCCAGUUCUGAUCAAGAUCCUGCAUCUCCUCCCGAUAGUAGACAUAGAUUGACAGUUAGAUCUCUUUGUACUUCUUCUUGGCGUGUAUCUGAGUGUAACAUGGGAGAUUUACCUAUGCCUGAAAGCACAGUUUUGAGUCAUGGAGAGGUGAACCCACUUUCUAAUAUAAUUGAAAGCAUGGCUCAGCCUCAGGUUGCAGAUUUAUGUGAAAAUAUUGAGGAUGGAAUUCUGAUACAUAAUAAGGCAGCCAAGGAAGAGUUGGAUGCUCUUGAGAAAGUUAGAAGUCAGCUCAUAGAGAAGCCUCAGGAACCAAUGGAAGGCAAGAAAACUAUUCCUUUAGUUCAGGUUUUAGGACCUGGUGACUUGCCCUCAGAAACUGCUGUGCCUAAUGUGCAAUCUAAUGUGAAGUCACGUUCUGCUUCCAAGUCGAAUCUCCCUAGGAACACAAGAAGACGGGGGAGGCGAAGAGCCGCCUCAAAGAGAGUUAGAAGGAGAAUUUCAGGUUAGCUGGAUUUGCGAGAGUUAGAAUAGUUUUUUUGGUUUUCUUUUUUGGGUGGAAGGAUGGAAAAUCAAAAUAUUCAAGAUAGGAUGUCAACAACUUUUGUUGCUUUUAGAAUUUGUAUAUGCUGCUUACUAUGUUGUGUAUCCUCUCUUUGGUAGCAAUGAUUUCAAAUGUACAUGUCUGUGAGACACUUUAUAAUGGAAGCAUGAGAUUUCAGUUA